AUGCAAUUCGUACUGCAUUGGCAGAAUUGCUAUACACUCUAUAAAAAGAGGCUCGAUAAGCCUUCGUGCUCUACAAAAAAAAACAAAAAACAGAAAUUUUCUACCAGUGUAUAUCGAGAAGCCAUGGCCCUCCCUGCUCAAAUUCUCGACAUUCCCCAGCGACUUGCUGAAAUUAACGUUGAAAUACAAAAUGUAGAAAAUUCUCUUCGAAAGACUCGAAUAAUGUUAAAUGGUUUCUUGAGGCAUCUUCGCUCCGUGAACCCGGCUGCUAUUGAAGCCCGAAUGGAAGCAAGCCGUCAAAGAAUUAGGGAACUAGAAGAAAGACUCCAGGGACUACGCCAGGAGCAGCAGGCACUGAUCGUGGAGGCAAUCUUCCUUGGUGCCCGAGAAAACUAA